CCGGCUCUCUAUUUAGGACGGGUGGGGGAGCUCGGUGGCCAGACUCCUCUCUGCUACCUGGCGGAGCGCUCCGCCUCCUGGAUUUCUCUCCCACCUGGGGCCGCGGAAGCCUCGCAGCCUACCUGCUGCGUCCGUACCUGACUCGGGAGCCUCAUGGCUGCAACUUGUGAGAUUAGCAACGUGUUCAGCAACUACUUCAGUGCCAUGUACAGCUCGGAGGACCCCACACUGGCUUCCGUUCCCACCGCCACCGCCGCCUUUGGAGCUGACGACGUGGUGGUGACGCUGAGCAACCCUCCGAUGUCCCUAGAAGAGAAGGCCAGCUGGUCCGGGCAGCAGCCCCAAUUCUGGUCAAAGGCCCAGGUUCUGGACUGGAUCAGCUACCAAGUGGAAAAGAACAAGUACGACGCCAGCUCCAUCGACUUCUCCCGCUGCGACAUGGACGGGGCCACGCUCUGCAGCUGCGCCCUGGAGGAGCUGCGGCUGGUCUUCGGGCCUCUGGGGGACCAGCUCCACGCCCAGCUACAGGACCUCACGUCCAGCUCCUCUGAUGAGCUCAGCUGGAUCAUUGAGCUGCUGGAGAAGGAUGGGAUGGCCUUCCAGGAGCCGCUGGGAGACCCAGGCCCCUUUGACCAGGGAAGCCCUUUCACCCAGGAGCUGCUGGACGACAGCCGCCAGGCCAGCCCCUACUACAGCAGCAGCUACAGCAUGAACUCCCUCUCCCCCGGCAGUUCCGACGUCUCCACGGCAGGGACCACCACUUCCCAGAGCCCCCACUCCUCAGACUCCGGUGGAAGCGACGUGGACUUGGACCCCCCUGACAGCAAAGUCUUCCCCAGAACUGGCUUUCCCGACUACAAGAAGGGGGAACCCAAGCACGGAAAGCGGAAACGAGGCCGGCCCCGAAAGCUGAGCAAAGAGUAUUGGGAGUGCUUGGAGGGCAAGAAGAGCAAGCACGCCCCCAGAGGCACCCACCUGUGGGAGUUCAUCCGGGACAUCCUCAUCCACCCUGAGCUCAACGAAGGCCUCAUGAAAUGGGAGAAUCGGCACGAGGGCGUCUUCAAGUUCCUACGCUCCGAGGCCGUGGCCCAGCUGUGGGGCCAAAAGAAAAAGAACAGCAAUAUGACCUACGAGAAGCUGAGCCGGGCCAUGAGGUACUACUACAAGCGGGAGAUCCUGGAGCGGGUGGACGGCCGGAGGCUUGUCUACAAGUUUGGCAAGAACUCCAGCGGCUGGAAGGAAGAGGAGCUGGUGGAGAGUCGGAACUGAGGGUCACAUGCGGACCUGGGACCUGACCCACAGACGCGAACUGCAGGCCUGCAGCCCUCCUGGCCCCGCGCGCGGACGCACGUGCGCCCUGCCAUGUUGCGGAACGAAGCUCCCAUGUUGGCGGCAGCAGAUGUGCCGAGGCGCCGAGGCGGAGGCCCGGGGCCUCUCCUCUCCCUGCCCUCCUGGUGGAAUUACAAGCCCUGGGGUUUGAAGCCACUUGUGCGCUGACUCUACAGCUAAGAGCCCGGCUCUUGCAGUCCCAACGCCGGCUCCAUUUGCAGAUGCACGGACAUCGCCACAGAGGCUGGGGAGGCCUCGGGGGAGCGCAGGGACCAGAGGGGACUGGGUGGUGUCCUCCGACACGACCUUUCUGGACCUUUCCAUCUCCCUGCUCAGUACUAGGGCUCCUCGGGUGGGGGGGUCCCCUAAUUUAUGUGCUAUAAAUAUGUCAGAUGUACAUAGAGAUCUAUUUUUUCUAAAGCAUUCCCCUCCCUGCUCUGUUCCCACGCAGCCCAGUGGGCAGACCGACUGUUGCAGGUCCCCCGCUGGGCCGGCAGGAGGUAGGGUGAAGCCUGUCAGGAUGGGGGUUCUCGGAUCCUUUCUCCUGUGAAUGGAGGCGGAGACCUCCAAUAAACUACUUUCUGGGCUUUUUCUAA